CCAGUGAAGAGAGACAGAAGGCCUUAAAGCUUUUAAAAUUAUAGACGAUGAAAGCAGGGUUAUCAAAACGCACUUUCAUCUUAUAGACAGUAUUUUAGUCUUUCUCACGAUGAUCAUAGAGAAUGUUGAAGCCUUGAAGUCAUGGCUGGCAAAACUCCUGGAGCCAAUAUGUGAUGCUGACCCCUCUGCACUAGCCAACUAUGUGGUGGCUCUUGUGAAGAAGGACAAACCAGAGAAAGAGCUGAAAGCUCUCUGUGCUGAUCAGCUUGAUGUCUUCCUACAAAAAGAGACUGUAGGAUUUGUUGAUAAACUUUUUGAAUGUCUGACAACCAAGAACUACCUGGGAAAUCCAACUGUAAAAGAGGCUCCUAAAGAGGAGGUGAAACCCCCUGUAGUCAAACUUGAUGUUGUGGAGACUGAAACUCCAGAGGAGGAGAGAGAAAACAGGCGGAGGAGAAGUCCUCUAAGAAACCGCUCUGACUUCAAUGAGUCCAGGAGCAGAGAUGACAGGAGGCGAGAGGAGCGUAAGCGUCGUGACUUUGAUCGGCACGGGAAAAGCGGCAGUGACUCCCACCGGGAACGGGAGCGCCAUGAGCGACGCAGGGGGAGCCCCCGCGGGAGGAGUUACAGCCGAAGCCGUAGCCGCAGCCGCAGCAGGAGUGGCAGUAGAGGAAAGAGCAGGGACAGGGAGCACAGAGGAGGCAGAGACUUCAAGUCAAAGUUUGAGUCAGAACGGAAGGACACUGACUGCUACAACUCUUCAACGUCAGGCUCCGAGCAGCAGCAUCCAUCUCCUCUUCUCCCUCUGCCCACCCCUCCGCACCCAUUCUCUUCCUCCUCAUCCGUAGGAGUUUCAGGAGGCGCUACUGUGGCAACGCUGGCUCAUCUGCCUGAUAGCACCACAGACAGCUGGUCAGGCUACUAUGGUACCCAGAGGCAAGAUGGUGUCGGGAAGCCAUUCGCCAACAAGGGAGCUUCACUCAAACAGCGGUGCAGGGAUUACGAUGAAAAGGGAUUUUGUGUUCGUGGAGACCUCUGUCCAUUCGACCAUGGCAACGACCCUCUUAUUGUUGACGAUGUCAAUCUACCAAACAUGAUUCCCUUCCCACCCCCGCCUGUGAUGCCUCCAGCUGGCCUGCCGAUGCCCCCAAUCACUGAGCCACCCCCUCCCCUCAGGAUGCCUUCAAUGCCACCCUAUGGUCAGCCUCCACCACCAGGGGUCUUCCCCAUGACUGGACCCCCACUGAUAGCAACCAGUGGGAUUGACACCCCCAACCACCAAUCUGCAAUUACUUCCUCUCCUCCUAUUGGACCACCUGGGGUGGGGCUGCCGCCUACUCUUCCUCCUCCUCCUCCUCCUCCACCUCCUCCUCCUCCUUCCUCGUCCUCAUCUGUGUCUCUUCGUCCCCAAUAUGUCCAGUCUGAAUAUAACUACGAUCCAGAGGGAUAUAAUCCAGAAUCUCCAGGCCUGACUACAGCUGGUCGAAACCCGUAUCGCCAGUUCAUCCCACGGGUGCAGACUCAGCGUUCAAACCUCAUCGGCCUCACAUCCAGUGAAGGACAAGGCUCCAGAGCUGCCAACAUUGUGAUCCAGACUGAGCCUGCUGCUGCAGCAAGCAUUCCUGGAAGUAACAUGCCCCGCUUCAACACAGAGCAGGACAGCAGGAAGCGAACCAUGGGACCCAGUACAGCUGAGGGACCUGCAGCUAAAAAACCCUGGAUGGAGAAGCCAGGCUUUAACAACCAACAUAAGAGCGCCUUUCCUAAGAGGUAUCACUAUGUGAACACUAAGUUGGAGGUGCGCAAGAUCCCACGGGAACUCAACAACAUCACCAAGCUUAAUGAGCACUUCAGCAAGUUUGGAACUAUUGUUAAUAUCCAGGUGGUGUUUGGUGGAGACCCAGAGGCAGCGUUGAUCCAAUACACAAAGAAUGAAGAGGCAAGACAGGCCAUAUCUAGCACUGAAGCUGUCCUUAACAACCGCUUCAUCCGAGUAUACUGGCACCGUGAGCAGGGAACCAACGCUACAGCACCUCAGCAGCAGGAGCAGAGCUCAGGGAGUCAGGCUGCUGGAUCAGCACCCAGCCAGGCACCACAGCACAGCAUCAUUCAUAAGGGAAUCAAGCAGCACAAUCCUGCUGCAUAUGUGUUAAACAAAACUCUACCGAAGCAUCGUCUAACAGCGGGGGCAGGGACAAUGGCUGCAACCAAGCUUGACGGCCUUACCCCAAAUUCAGACUCUGUCACACUGCCCCCUGCUCUGACAAGCACCCAGAAGAGCCUCUACUCUUCCGCGGGCCUGAAGUCAUCCUCAAAGAGCCUUGGGAAAACUGGAAAAGCACUCGAAGCACAAGAAGUCCUCAAGAAGAAACAGGAGGCAUUAAAACUCCAGCAGGACAUGAGAAAGAAGAAGCAAGAGAUGCUGAAAACACAGAUUGAGUGUCAGAAGGCUUUGAUAAACCGGCUGGAGAAGAACCGAGGGAUGAAACCCGAGGAGAGGGCAAACAUCAUGAAGACCCUGAAAGAGCUGACGGAGAAGAUCGCUCAGCUACAGAACGAAAUGAACCCAGCGUCCCAGGCCCCCAGCGCCAAAUCCAACCACAAUCAGCCAAAAACCAAGACUGAUGCCCAGAAAGAAUUGCUGGAUGCUGAGCUGGACUUUCACAAGAAGAUGGGCUCAGGAGAGGAUACAACAGACCUCAAGAGAAAACUGGGUCAGCUACAAGUGGAGGCCACCCGGUUGGGACUGAUUCGGCCUCCAGGAGGUAGGGGACGGGGUCGAGGGAAGAUGGCUCUGGAGCCCGGUUCGAUGCACACAGGCCGCGGCAGGGGACGCAGCCGGGACAUGAUGGGUCGCGGUGGCUCUGUGAACCGCAUGGUGGUCGACCACAGACCCAGAGCUCUGGCUAUUUUGGGUGUCACCCAAGAGGAGAAGGAAGAGCUGAUGCCACACUUUGUGAAAUUUGGUGAGAUUGAAGAUGUCCGCGACCAAGACGCAAACACCGUCAUCAUGACCUUUAAGACAAGAAGCGAAGCAGAGAAUGCAGCUAACCAGGGAGCGAAGUUUAAAGGCCGUGUUCUGCAGAUUUCCUGGUACAAGCCCAAGACGCCCUCUGUUACAACAGAGCCAGAGGAGGAGGAGGCUAAAGAUGAGGACAAUACGAAGGAAGCGAGCUCUUACUUGCCUGGUGAGGAGGAAGAAGAGGAGGAGGAAGAGGAUGACGAUGAAGAUGAUGAGUACGAAAGCCGAUCUUGGAGACGAUGAAGGCAUGAUGCUCUCAAGGAGAAUCAGCAGUUUUCCCCCAUGUGUGCAGAUAGAAUCAAUUCAACAGAACUCACACUUUAGUUUUUCCUUUACAGUAUUUUCACAAGAAGUAAUUUUAGACUCUAAUCAAAGUAAAAGCUCCUUACUUUCUUGUACAUGAAAAGAAGUUCUGAGGGAGGACAGUUUUUGUAUCCCUCGACUCAACAAUUAUUUAAAACAUCUCACUUUUGCUGAGAAGGAUAAAUGUUAAGUUGUUCUUGUAGAUAGAAAAUCCUAUGUAAGUUUCAGUGUGCUUACCAGAUGAUAAAUAUCAGUAAUGCACAACAUUUGUGUCUACUGUGAAUAGGUAUUUUUAUACAUACUGUAUUUAAGCUCUUUUCUCACCACUUUUUGAAAAACCUUGUCCUCAGUUCAGGGACUGCCAUUCCUGCACAGAUAAAACGUUCUCUCUGGCUACCAGAGAGAUAUUUAUUUAUUUUUCCACUGCGUAAAUGCACCGUGCAGAACCUGUAUCAGCACAGUAUAGUGUGGUUUUCCAUUUCACUUUGCUCUCACAGUUUGUUUCAGUUUGCUUAGGCCAAUCCAAAAUGAUAAAGAAUCUACAUAUGUUUGACAGCGGCUUCUCUGUCCUGGCAUGAAUACAUGCCUCUUUGUGCAUGUUGCAUUCCUAAAUAAAAAUACUGUAUCCUGACUAAAUUAGAGCCAGUGCAGGUACAGAAGGAUACCAGUGCAAUAGGAAAAUCCAAACUAUGUAACUAUGUUUACAAAUGGCUGUGUCCAUUCACUUCACAUACAGUCUUGUACUAACUCAGAUUUCCCUGCUUGUAUUUUUUGCUCAGUAAAUGUUUAGUGCCACUCUGUGUAAAUAUAAACACCUGCACAGGUGUUCUACAUUUUCUAAGAGUGUGUAACAUUUUUCACUUGUGUCAUUUUGUUUCCUGAACGUCCAAAAGGCCUGCCAGGACAAGGAUCAGAUCACCCAUUUCAGAAAUGUGAGAUCUAAAGACAGGUGUUUGAAUGUAAUACGGAACAGUUGAUUUUAAUAUAUAUAAACAUAAUUUCUUUGCCUUACACAAUCAGCAGUUGGCUGAAUUUUUACAAUAUUUGUGAUUUACUUUUGUAAAUUUUGUAAAUGCUUGAAAGACAAAUUACUGUUCUUUUUUUUCUUGGUGUUUUGUUUUUGUAAGUUUCUUUUUCUGUCAUUUGACAUAAAUGGGGAGGUUGUGUCAGAGGGGAAGGUCAAGCAAGAGUGCCCAGCAUCUCUGCUUGUAUGUAAGGUUUUGCAGUUUUUUUUUUGUUCAACCAGUCCAAGCUGUUAUUUGUCAUGAAAGUCGCAGAUUGCUGACUCUGAAGGCUCUCGGUGACGGAAAAUUCUCUUGGAGUCGUGCACCGCAUUUGUGCAUUGGUGCAGCUGUGCCUCCAACGAAACACUGUCAGAAAGGACUCCAACAAUGUGCGCCUUUCAUGACAAAUUUCUACUUUUUUUGCCUUCUUUGCAUUUACUGUAUUUUAGAAAGGUGGGAGGAAUCUAAUGUAUUAAAAUCAUAUGGGUGUUUCCCACAGAAUGGCACUGUACUUGGGCGGUAGGGAUGGCCAUCUUACCCUGCCUCAUUCUUUACAUUAAUUUUUUUGUGUUUCUACUCUUUUGACAGUUUUCAUCAGCAGUACGUUGUAUAAAGAUACUCAGAUAACUUCAAGUGAUAGUUAUAGCGGGUGAGCUGCGAGUAAGAGGGAUUAUUGUUGAUGAGGUAGUGUAACUCUGUUAUCCUAGUGCAAGAGUACAGAUAAUAUCAACAGCAAAGAGCUGAUGAACUCUUCAGUUUUUCACGUGAUGUGGCAAGUCAAUCAGUGCUUUACCAGAGGGAUGUUCUAGUGGAUGUCUCUUGAAUAUGCAGAUACAUAUAAACUUACAAAAAAAAGUCAGAAGUAAUACUUGGGGGGUGCUGUAAAUAUACCUUGGUUGCCUGCCCAAGUAUUGUCUGUGUGGGAAACACUUAAUACUAAAAUGUGCUCAGUGUAUAAAAAUACAUGGAGGACAGUAACUUCUAUCUGUUUACAUCCAACCUAAUGAAUUGUUUGAUGUAUGCUUAUCAUAACUCAACUUUAAUCAAUCAUAUCCAAUAACCAGCCUUUACAAGCAUGCAUGUAGAAAUCGACAUGUGUAUAGGAACCUGAAUGUGAAUAUACAUGCAGAUUUCUGCUUGCAUGUGUAUAAAGUCACUAACACAGACUUUCCAACACAACUUUGUUGUCUGGCAUCAUGUGCAGAACAGUCUGAACCCCUUUACGUUUUUCCUCCCACCUAAUGUUGGUAGCACUCUUGUUUGGAUCACAUAUCUCACAGUGGACUGAUGAUUGAAGAGCCCUCUUGCUAGUGACCUCAUUUCCCAGUUGAAACAUAUGAACUCAUGUUUUGGUCUCCACCAUCAUGGUUUCAGUCAGGUGUGCAAUGGAAACGAAAGCUUUUCUCAUUUGCACCCUGUACUUCAAUAUGUUUUCCUCAUGGAUCUUUGUUUUCUUAAUUGAGGUCUCUGGCUGUUUUAAAGGACAAACCCUGACUGGCAGGGUUCUUGCUCAUCUAAGUGAAGAUUCAGGGACAGUCUCUCCCCCACUUUUUUUUUUUUUAAAUAUCUUCUGUAUGCUACUAUCACACAAUGGUGUAAAAACAUGUAAAAUGUUUAUUGAAUAAUAGUUUUGGAUUUGUUACUGUUUAUAUUUGCAGGAUGUGGAUGUAUUUUCUUCAUGUAUUUUGUUUGUAAAAAAAGGAUUUCUAAUUUACUAGCAUGUUUGCUUUUGCCAAUAAAGACAGAGGAAUGGGGUGCUUGUAAAACCAACGAAAAAAAAGAGAGAAAAGAAAAAAUAAGAUUUGAAUUGGAUCUCGGAGAGAUAAAGAAAAGAGAAAAUUUUGAGUUAAAGAAAGAAAAUUGACAAAAAAAAAGUUAUCAUUGGCAAGGGGGAAAAGAAAGCAAAAGCAUUCCAGAAAACAUAACCUGAAA